AUGCCUCAGAAAGAAAGCUGCCCGCGUGGCUAUUCACAAGUGCCCUCGAGCACCCAGCAAGACGCCUCGGUGCUUAUCCGCAGUAGCUCCAAGAGCAAGAAUGCUUUUGAUUUCUCGUUCGAAGCUAUCCGCAAGAACCUUUUCCGGGUUACCUUCACCUCGCCGGAGCAUGUUGUUCCUCCCUAUCCCAGCGUCAUCAAGCCCGAGACCGAUCUCAAGAACGUGAACGUUUCCGCCAAGUCCUCCGAAACCUCCAAGUCUAUCGAAGUGGGUGGUGUCACAGCUACUGUUGAGUGGGAGUCGACUCCUGUUGUUUCAUUGGGAUGGACUGGGUCGGAUAAGCUUCUUCACCGCGAUCUCCCUUUGCGCUCAUACGUCGCUGAUGGAGAGGGUGUUGCGCACUACUCGGUCCAUGACCGCGAGGCGCUGCAUGUUGGUCUGGGAGAGAAGGCUGCGCCUAUGGAUCUUAGCGGCCGUAACUUCCAGCUCUCCGCCACCGACUGCUUCGGAUACGACGCCUACAACUCCGAUCCUCUAUACAAGCACAUUCCGCUGUUGAUCAAGGCCACUCCGGAAGGCUGUGUUGCUCUCUUCUCGACAACCCAUGGCCGUGGAUCCUGGUCCGUUGGUGCCGAGAUUGACGGUCUCUGGGGUCACUUCAAGAUCUACCGCCAGGACUACGGUGGUUUGGAGCAGUACAUGAUUGUCGGAAAGAACCUUCAGGAGGUCGUCCGAUCUUACGCCGAGCUCGUGGGAAUGCCAUUGCUCGUUCCCCGUUGGGCCUACGGAUACGUCUCGGGUGGAUACAAGUACACAAUGCUGGAUGAGCCUCGUGCCUCCGAUGCGCUGAUUGAUUUCGCCGAGACUUUGGAGAAGCACGAAAUUCCUUGCUCAGGUCACCAAAUGAGCUCCGGAUACUCCAUCUCAGAGCACGAGCCUAAGGUCCGAACCGUCUUCACCUGGAACUACCACCGCUUCCCCGACCCAGAGGCUUGGAUCAAGAAGAUGCACGAGCACGGCAUUCGUCUGAUCAGCAACAUCAAGCCCUUCCUGCUCGAGUCCCACCCCGAUUUCAAGCACCUCAUCGAUUCCCGCGGUUUCUUCCAAGACGACGCUAAGGAUCCUGGAUACAUGCAGCUGUGGAGUGCCGGAGGUGCCACCGGUGGAGAAGGCUGCCACAUUGAUUUCACAUCCGAAGCCGCCUUCAAAUGGUGGUUUGAAGGAGUCCAGAAGCUGAAGAAGGUCGGCAUCGACGGCAUGUGGAACGACAACAACGAAUACACCCUUCCAACCGACGACUGGACUCUAGCCCUUGAUGAGUCCAUGGUCAACGGUGAAAUAAAGAAGGCGGUCCCCAACAACGUCGGCCAGUGGGGUCGUGCCCUCCACACUGAAUUGAUGGGCAAAUCCUCUCACGAUGCCCUUCUCGACUUGGAACCAAAAUACAGACCAUUCGUCCUCACCCGCAGUGCCACUGCUGGAACAAUGCGCUACUGCUCAAGUACCUGGUCUGGCGACAACGUCACAAGCUGGGAGAGUAUGAAGGGAUCAAACGCUCUCUCUCUGAACGCAGGCAUGUCCUUGAUGCAAUACGAAGGCCACGAUAUCGGCGGUUUCGAAGGUCCCCAGCCCUCGCCCGAACUUCUUCUUCGCUGGAUUCAGCUCGGAUGUAACUCCAUCCGCUUCACGAUCAACUGCUUCAAGACGUCGCCUGAUAACAACUCUGUUGGUGAGGUUAUUGAGCCUUACAUGUAUCCUGAGAUUACACCUUUGGUCCGUGAUGCUAUUAAGCGUCGCUAUGAGAUCUUGCCAUACAUUUACUCGCUCGGUCUGUCAAGUCAUCAGACUGCUACACCACCCCAGCGCUGGGUCGGUUGGGGCUACGAGUCUGAUCCCGAGGUCUGGACAAAGGCCCUCAAGGCCGGUGACACCCAAUUCUGGUUUGGAGACUCCAUGCUCGUUGGCGGUGUCUACGAGCCAGGCGUCAACGUCGCAAAGAUGUAUCUGCCUCGCAAAUCCGGGCCGGAAUUCGACUACGGCUAUGUCAACAUGAAUGCGCCGUACACCUACUUCCCCUCCGGCCAGUGGGUUGAGAUUCCUGCCGAGUGGCGCGAGAGUAUCCCUCUCAUCGCGAAGAUCGGAGGUGCUAUCCCUGUUGGCAAGAACGUGCACACCCGUGUUCCCGGCGAUGAUACCCCUGCUUCGAUGGGUGUUAAGGUGUUGGAUGAUUACCGUGGUGUUGAGGUCUUCCCGCCUAAGGGCUCUUCACAUGGAACUGUGUUUGAGAACACCUGGUUCGAGGAUGAUGGUAUUGCGCAGGAGCCUAAGAUCUCGAAUUACACGCUCAGCUAUAGCUCUACUGUUGAGAAGGUGCUUGUGCACUUCCAGCGUGAUGAGAGUAGUGGGUUUGUGCCUGCUUGGAAGGAGGUUGAUGUUGUCCUUCACUAUGGAGAUCAGCGUGCUGUUGUCUCUUCUUCUGGACAGGAGAUCGUGGCUAAGGGUGCUGAUUCCCGCGGUCGGUUGGUGUACACUAUUAAGGCUUGA